CCCCACGAUGGCGUGACCGGAGUCCCCUGGCCAUCUCCAAAGAGCCCGCACUACUAUCCUCUCUCUCUAGAAUCCGUAUUUCUCUCACACUUCCUCACGAUUGACCCCACUCUGUUCCUCUGUAACUUCAAUUCAAGUUCUCAUUUCUCGAUCGCUGGAGUGUGUUCAAAGUUUUGCUUCGAAGCUCUCUGGUUAUUCGAGCUUUUGAAGCUCGGUUUUGAAAUGUGGUAAUGGCUAAUAAUGGAGCUUAUAGAAAUGGCAUUCAAAAUCGGCCUCUCUCAUUGAACUCAAAUCCCAAGUCUUCUUCGUCUUCUUUCAAAUCCAAGCCCUCGUCCACCGCUUCCGGUCCCCGCCGCAACAGCACCGGUUCACUUGGCUCCGGCAAGGACGAUGCUGGAGUUUCUGGGAGAGUUCGGGUUGUUGUAAGAUUACGACCGCGAAAUGCAGAGGAGUUGGUGGCUGAUGCUGAUUUUGCUGAUUGUGUAGAAUUGCAGCCAGAGCUCAAAAGGUUAAAACUUCGGAGAAACAACUGGGAUUCAGAUACCUAUGAGUUUGAUGAAGUGCUUACUGAAUUUGCUUCACAAAAGCGUGUAUAUGAAGUAGUGGCAAAGCCUGUCGUUGAAAGUGUUCUGGAUGGUUACAAUGGGACGGUCAUGGCAUAUGGUCAGACUGGAACUGGAAAAACUUAUACACUGGGGCGACUUGGAGAAGAAGACACAGCGGAUCGUGGGAUAAUGGUGCGUGCAAUGGAGGAUAUUUUAGCAGAAAUUUCCCCGGAGACUGAUUUUGUCUCUGUUUCCUAUUUGCAGCUUUAUAUGGAGACUAUACAGGACCUCCUUAAUCCUGCUAAUGAUAACAUAUCCAUCAUGGAAGACCCCAAAACAGGAGAUGUUUCGGUACCUGGGGCUACCCUUGUAGAAAUCAGGGGCCAACAGAGUUUUGUAGAACUUCUACGAUUAGGUGAAGCUCACCGCUUUGCUGCUAACACAAAAUUGAACACAGAAUCUUCUCGCAGUCAUGCCAUUCUAAUGGUACAUGUUAAGAGGUCUGUCAAGGGGAAAGAUUCUGCUCUUUCAAGUGAAAAUGGUAACACGUCUAACGGGCUCAAAACUUUAAAGCCUCCGAUUGUUCGGAAAGCAAAGCUAGUUGUGGUAGAUCUUGCAGGGUCAGAGAGAAUUGAUAAGUCAGGAAGUGAGGGACAUACUUUAGAGGAAGCCAAGUCUAUUAAUCUUUCAUUGAGUGCACUAGGGAAAUGUAUUAAUGCGCUGGCAGAGAAUAGUGCACAUGUUCCAGUGCGCGAUUCAAAGCUUACUAGAUUGCUUAGAGAUUCAUUUGGAGGCACUGCAAGGACUUCGCUGGUUGUUACUGUUGGUCCCUCUCCACGCCAUCGAGGAGAGACAGCGAGUACCAUAAUGUUUGGGCAAAGGGCUAUGAAGGUGGAGAAUAUGUUGAAGAUCAAGGAAGAGUUUGAUUACAAGAGUUUGUCUAGAAGGCUUGACAUACAGUUGGACAAACUCAUUGUAGAGAAUGAGAGGCAGCAAAAAGCAUUCCAGGAUGAGAUUGAAAGAAUAACUAUAGAAGCACAGAAACGUAUCUCUGAGGCUGAAAGAAACUAUGCUGAUGCUUUGGAGAAUGAAAAAUUGAAAUAUCAGAAAGAAUAUAAGGAGUCAUUGAAGAAGCUCGAGGAGCAAUGGUCAAAAGAGCAACAAAAGCAUGGUGGUGGAAAAACCAGAAUUGAAGUAAAAGAUGGUGGCCUCAUCAAGACAUCGAGGGAAGAGAUUCCUGCAGUGUCCUCUGUUGAGGAAGUUGCUGGGGUUAAAAAGUUGCUUCGAGAUGAGAAACUUUUAAGGAAGUCUGCAGAAGAGGAAGUCAAUAAUCUUAGGAAUCAACUACUGCAAUGGAAAAGGUCAGAGGCAGCAGGGAAUUCUGAGAUCUCAAAGCUUCACAAGUUGCUGGAAGAUGAGGUGCAUCAGAAACGUAAACUUGAAGAAGAAAUAGCUGUACUACAAAGUCAACUAUUGCAAUUAAGUUUUGAAGCUGAUGAGACAAGAAGAAGCCUUGAUGUUGGAGCCGGGAAAGUUCCCAGUGAUCUGGAUUCUCUCAUUUCUCAAGUUAGGCAUCCACAGCUGAGAGAUUCAGGAGAUGGGGACAAGGCCUCAAUAGCAAAACUCUUUGAACAAGUGGGAUUGCACAAGAUUUUGUCAUUGCUUGAAGCCGAAGAUGCUGAUGUCCGAAUUCAUGCGGUAAAAGUUGUUGCAAAUCUAGCUGCUGAAGAAACAAAUCAAGAAAAGAUUGUACAAGCCGGAGGUCUUACAUCCUUAUUAAUGCUUCUUAGUAGUUCUGAGGAUGAGACCAUUCAUAGAGUUGCAGCUGGUGCAAUUGCAAAUCUUGCAAUGAAUGAAACCAACCAGGAGCUUAUAAUGGCUCAAGGAGGCAUUAGUUUGUUGUCAAUGACUGCAGCCAAUGCCGAGGAUUCUCAAACCCUUCGUAUGGUUGCUGGAGCCAUAGCUAAUCUUUGUGGCAACGAUAAGUUACAGACGAAGCUGAGAGGUGAAGGUGGUAUUAAGGCAUUACUAGGAAUGGUGAGAUGCAGGCAUCCUGACGUUCUUGCUCAAGUUGCCCGUGGCAUUGCAAACUUUGCAAAAUGUGAAUCCAGGGCAUCUACUCAAGGGUCUAAAAGUGGGAAGUCUUUUCUGAUUGAGGAUGGUGCACUCCCAUGGAUUGUACAAAACGCUAACAAUGAAGCCUCACCAAUCAGGCGCCACAUUGAGCUUGCGCUCUGCCAUUUAGCACAACACGAAGCUAAUGCGAAGGACAUGAUUAGUGGAGGUGCCUUGUGGGAGCUUGUUCGCAUAUCGCAAGAAUGCUCAAGAGAGGACAUAAGGGUUCUUGCACAUCGGACUCUAACUUUGAGCCCAACUUUCCAGGCUGAAGUAAAACGGCUUAGGGUAGAUUACGGAUGAAGAUGCAUGGGACGAUUAGCAAAAAGGGUGUUAUCAAUCGUGCUAAAAUGAUUGAUCGGUCUUUUUGGGAGAACUGAGAAUUUCCAGUAAUGUGGCUGAAGUUUUGUCUGUAGUGGGGUGGCCUUGGGUUUGUAGUUGCUGCUCUCUAGUUGUUAUGUGAAACCCAUUAUUCUUAAUCAUUUUCUUCUAACUUCUGUUAAUUUUUAAUUUAUUCUGUACAUGGAAUGACAAUGAGAAAAGAAAAAAGAAAAAGAUUGUAGUCCUUCAAUCUUGUAGAAUAAAUUCACGUACGAAGUGUUGACACUACAAUAGGAUUCACACCUCACAAGAUACUGUCAUUUGAAUUGACCCUUGCCAAUGAAGCAAACUACGGUUCCACCCGUGUUAUAUA